AUGCGCCCAUCAAAUAUUUCCAACGAUGACCUACUAUUGAGAAAUUCAUCAUUAAUAUUUAAUCGAAUGGAUCUUAUAACUUUUCGUGAAUUAUCGCGACAAGGUGUCAACAGCCAGCAAUUAUUGCGCUGGUCAGCAUCGAUCGAUUUAGUUGAACGGUAUCAAAUCUAUUUGGAUAAUCCUACUGUUAUUUUGGGACAGCAGACUUUUUACAAAUGCUCAUUUCCUUGGUUUGGACCAUAUUGUCAAUAUAGAUUUAUAAAAAACGUUUACUCUUUUGAUAAAAUUGUAAUAUUAACGUUUAACUCCUUGAAGUCAAGUAAAGAUCCGAUGGAAAGAGCGGAACAAACGUGCUAUAUUCACUUGACUUGUAUUCGUGGUGCAGAUCCAUCAUGUCUUGAUUGGCGUGAAGUAUGCGAUGGUAAAGUAGAUUGUUUAGAUGGUGGUGAAGAUGAAAAGGAUUGUUUUGAAUUAGAAGUACAUGACUGCAAAAAGAAUGAAUAUCGGUGUCAUAAUGGAAUGCAGUGCAUUCCACUUGAUUUUUUCUAUGACAACAAAAAUAAUCCUGACUGCACAGAUCGAACAGAUGAACCGACUUUUGAGUUCGAAUUAGAUAAUUAUCAUACAUAUUGUCAAUUUGAUCCCUCAUUUCGAUGUGAAGAACAUUCAUGUCGACCAACAUUGUCCGAGAAUUUUGUAUGCGGUAAUGAGCAUUUGUAA